GUUGUGACAACUAUACUUAGUGUUCGUGAUAACGGCAUAAGCAUCAAGCUUCGACUGUUCGACAUACCGCAGGAGGAAGACUGAAUUUCACGUACCUGGGAAAACGUCAUUUUCCGAAGUAUUUGGGUAACUAUUUAAACAGCGGAGAAAUGGUUAUUCAGGGAGUGAUCUUUAUAUUCCUGUUGUUCAACUGCACGGCUGUCUUAACAUCAACAAAUGUGACAGCGAAUAGUUUGAAUACGUCGACGCCAUAUAUGCCUGCUCCAUCAACGAGUUUCAUAGAAACAGCAGAGGAUAAUAAAACUUAUGUAAACCCAGUGAUUUCUAGUACUUUCUACGCUCAGCCCAAACGGCCCAAUGGAACUCAUGGAAUUCCUACUCAACCUAUGACUUCCUCUAUGGUUAUUACCACAAGCAGAAAGGUUAUUACAUCACCCAUGCCUUCUCCAUCAACGUUUUCAACGAGUUUUAUAGGAACAGCAGUGGAUGAUGAAACGACAUCCAUGGUUAUCACCACAGCAAUGGAUCUUAAUACUUCCAUUAUCUCCACGAGUUCCAAUAAUAUUCUGAUUUCUGGUUCUGUGACAGUAAACGUGUCUACGUCUAGUACUUUUUACUCUAAAGGAAAUAGUACUCGUGCCAUUCCUACACAAGCUUCCUCCACGGUCAUUACAACACCCAAAAAAGAAGUGUUAGUUAUCGAGGCUUCUUUAAAUUAUACCAACGAAUCUUUCCAUGUCGAUCUCAACGAUAAACAAAGCUUGGAAUUCUUAACGAUGAAGAAAAGAGUGGUGAAAGACGUUGAAACCGCGUAUAGAGCUUCAGGAAAUCUUCUUUCGGUGGCUAUUAUUAAAUUCAAACCUGGAAGUAUUGUGUGUGUUGCACGGCUGUAUUUUCAAAAUUCAAAAAGUGCAGAUUUACGUAAAUUAAAGAAUAUUCUCGAUGAUUAUGGGACAAAUACUAGUCAAUUUAAAGUUUUGGCAUUCGAAUCGUAUAAUGAAAUUGAUGAGGAGGAUGAUGAUGACGAUGUUAUACUGGGAUUAAAUUGGUGGCAGAUUGGAGUAAUUAUUGCGGGAAUUGUUGUGUUUAUUCUUAUAAUCAUUAUCAUUGUUUUGUGUUGCAAAAUUUCAAGAAAUAAAAAAAAGAAACAAAAACACCAGUUCUACGAAGAGCCGUCAUAUGUUGUUGCCAGAAACCUUUAUGAUGCAGUUAAUGAAAAUGAGGAGAUGAAAGUUCUGCCGGACACAAAGCCAACUGUGGUGGCCGGUGAAGGUACAAGGUCGGUGGAUGGAAGUGGUGGUCCCAAGUCUGGACAACAGGAAAUAAGUAUGCACUCCUCCCCCUCUUUCACUGAUGGGACCAAAGCCAAGGGCAGCCCCGUGAACGAAGCAACAUCAGAAGUUGGAAAGGAGAAUCCUGGAACAGACGUCACUGAUCACGUCACUACUGAUCACGUCACUACUGAUCACGUCACUACUGAUCACGUCACUGAUCACGUCACUGAUCACGCCACUGAGACCAAUGCAGCUUCUGGUUCAGAAGAGCUAGGCGUAGUCAAUGUGUAAUAUAAUCUUCUAGACAGCACUUUUUACUUUGUAAUCUCUUUAAUACUUAUAUUAAUAGCGCAAAGCAUAGAGAAACAAUAACAUAAAUUUGACCAUAGAAAAAUCAGGUGAUUCAUAACCAUUGAACUAUUAAGCAAUCUUUUAAGAUAUAUAAUUGCGCACUCCAUAAUUUCACUAUAUAUGUAAAGUUUUCGAAUUCUAGAUCGUGGAAAUCUUCUUUAUUAGUUUCAUAUGAUUGACUAAGCUUUAACUGAAUAAUGAUAUAAGUUAGGACACUUCUUUCCUUGCAAUGUCAAGAAUUGCAGACUGGUAGCUUCGUUCCAUCUAAAUCUGUUCACUGCCCCAGGUGAAAUGAAUCUAUGAAACUAAAUAUGAUGCCGAUAUAUGAACUUCCAUCGUUAACAUUUUAUUUAUCCUGAUGGCAUUAAUCAUUGAUUGAAACUUAAGCUACUAUAAACAAAUCUCAUUGA